AUGGUUUUCCGACUUUUGUUCUACAUUGUUUUUGCAACAGAUUUGAUCACACCUGAGUUGUCAGGUGCUACAGCAACUAAAGCAAAAACUCAAGUGACCAACAACUCAGGUGUGACACCAUCCGGGCAGUGUGGGGCUUGGGUGAAGGAACCUGCGGGAGGCUAUUUCACCUCACCCAACUACCCUGAGAAAUACCCACCCGAGAGGGAAUGUGUCUACAUUAUUGAAGCUUCUCCCCGCCAGUGCAUCGAUUUGUUUUUUGAUGAAAAGUAUUCCAUCGAGCCAUCAUGGGAUUGUAAAUUUGAUCACAUCGAGGUCCGCGAUGGACCUUUUGGUUUCUCGUCCAUCAUUGGACGCUAUUGUGGACAGGAGAGCCCCAUGUAUGUGCGCUCCAGUGGGAGGUACCUGUACAUCAAGUUUGUGGCUGAUGGAGAGCUGGAGGCUAUCGGGUUCUCAGCCCGGUACAACUUCACACAAGACCCAGAAUUCAAAGGUUUGGGAGAAUUGCCACCAUUGCCAUUUUGUGACUUUGAGUUGAGUGGUCCAGAAGGCUUUGUGGAUUCUUCUCAGAUAACCAAUGAGAAGCGGGCCCUCCCGACUGAGGCAUUGGACUGCAGGUGGUAUGUCCGGGCCCCACCAAGAGCUAGGAUCUACAUGCGCUUUCUGGAGUACGAGAUGCACAACUCUAAUGAAUGCAAGCGUAACUUUGUUGCCAUUUAUGAUGGGAACAGUUCGGUGGAGUACCUGAAGAAUAAAUUCUGCUCCACGGUUGCGAACGACGUUAUGCUUGCAUCCUCUUUGGGCGUGGUAAGGCUGUGGGCGGAUGAAGGGAGCAGGAAAAGCAAAUUUAAGAUUCUCUUCACAACCUUUCUUGAGCCUCCAUGUGAAGGAGACACUUUCUUCUGCCAUAGCAACAUGUGCAUCAACCACACCCUGGUCUGCAAUGGCAUCCAGAAUUGUGUGUAUCCAUGGGAUGAGAAUCACUGUAAAGAGAAUAGAAAACCCAGCAUUUUGGACUCUCUGGAUAAUACUAACAUCACGAUCAUCGCUGUGACAUGUGGCCUGGUUGUCAUCCUGCUCAUCAUCUCUGUCAUCAUUCAGGUUAAACAGCCUCGCAAGAAGUACAUCAUCCGCAGGGAUGACUUUGACCCUGCCUUCCUCCAUCCAGGGAUUGAGCCUCCUCACUAUGAGCUCUGCACUUUACAACACGUCCCCUCAGGUGACUUGACUGAUCCAGUAAUGGGCGAGGAGUUUGAGAAAUCCCACAACCUUCGUCGAUCCUCCUCCAAAUGCAUUCGCGACCACCACUGUGGAUCACAGCAGGGAAGCAUGCAUGGUAGCCGCAGCAAUCUGAACAUGAGAGAGACCACUGUUGAUCCUGACGGUGGGGCACUUGUGCCACAGCUACCACCAGGGAUGGUGAGCCAGCAGUCACCACGGCUCUCCCGCCAGAUGACCCCAGCCAGUCACAGGAACAUCUUAGUUAUGAAGCACAGCUAUUCUCAGGAUGGGGGAGAUGGGUACAGAGAGGAUGACGAUCUGAUGGUCUAUGAUGGACCAACAACCAGCAGGCACCAUAUUUACCACCAUCAGAUCCAUCAUGGCAUGCCGGGGCUGGACCACACUGUCCACCGUACAUUAUCUAAUGAUUUCUAAUAUCGAAAAAUGUCAUUCACUCACCUCUGUAAAAACGUUUCAUGCAACCUCAGCUUUUGGACUAGUGAGAGUAAAACUCUAUCUUGUAAUAUUGCAUC